GGGUGCUUCGGCGGCGGGGCGGGCGCACUGACUGGCAGAGUCGCAGACCCGUGGAGAUGGCGACGCUCUGUCUGACCGUGAAUUCAGGAGACCCUCCCCUGGGCGCUCUGCUGGCAGUAGAACAUGUGAAGGACAAUGUCAGCAUUUCUGUUGAAGAAGGGAAAGAAAAUGUCCUUCGUGUGUCUGAAAACGUGGUGUUUACGGACAUAAAUUCCAUCCUGCGCUACCUGGCUAGAGUUGCAGCCACGGCUGGGCUCUACGGCGCCAACCUGAUGGAACAUGCUGAGAUCGAUCACUGGUUGGAGUUUAGUGCUACAAAAUUGUCUUCAUGUGAUUUGUUUGCCGCUGCGAUCCGUGAGCUCAGUCACUGCCUAUCUCUGAGAACGUACUUGGUUGGAAACUCCUUGAGCUUAGCAGAUGUGUGUGUUUGGGCCGCCCUGAAAGGAAACGCUGCAUGGCAGGGACAGUUGGAGCAGAACCAAGCGCCAGUCCACGUAAAGCGCUGGUUUGGCUUUCUCGAAGCCCAGCAGGCCUUCCGGUCAGUAGGUGCCAAGUGGACUGUCUCAGCCACCAAAGGCAAAGCGGCACCUGAGAAAAAGCAGGAUGUUGGGAAAUUUGUUGAGCUUCCGGGUGCUGAGAUGGGAAAAGUUACUGUCAGAUUUCCUCCAGAGGCUAGUGGUUACUUACACAUUGGGCAUGCGAAAGCUGCUCUUCUGAACCAGCACUACCAGGUUAACUUUAAAGGGAAACUGAUCAUGAGAUUUGAUGACACAAAUCCUGAAAAAGAAAAGGAAGAUUUUGAGAAGGUGAUCCUGGAAGAUGUUGCGAUGUUGCAUAUCAAGCCAGAUCAGUUUACUUACACGUCAGAUCACUUUGAGACGAUAAUGAAGUACGCAGAGAAGCUGAUCCGGGAAGGGAAGGCAUACGUGGACGACACUCCCGCCGAGCAGAUGAAAGCUGAACGUGAGCAGAGGAUAGAAUCCAAACACAGGAGCAACUCUGUCGAGAAGAACCUGCAAAUGUGGGAGGAAAUGAAAAAAGGGAGCCAGUUCGGUCAGUCCUGUUGUCUGCGAGCCAAGAUCGACAUGAGCAGUAACAACGGCUGCAUGAGGGACCCCACCCUGUACCGCUGCAAAACGCAGCCCCACCCGAGGACCGGAAGUAAGCACAAUGUUUAUCCCACCUACGAUUUUGCCUGCCCCAUCGUGGAUAGCAUCGAGGGUGUCACGCACGCCCUGAGGACCACAGAAUACCAUGACAGAGACGAGCAGUUUUACUGGAUUAUUGAAGCUUUAGGCAUAAGAAAACCGUAUAUUUGGGAGUAUAGUCGGCUAAAUCUCAACAACACAGUGCUGUCGAAGAGAAAACUCACGUGGUUUGUCGACGAAGGACUGGUAGAUGGAUGGGACGACCCGAGGUUCCCUACGGUCCGUGGGGUCCUGAGAAGGGGGAUGACAGUCGAAGGGCUGAAGCAGUUCAUCGCUGCCCAGGGCUCCUCACGUUCGGUCGUGAACAUGGAAUGGGACAAAAUUUGGGCAUUUAACAAAAAGGUCAUCGACCCGGUGGCCCCACGGUACGUCGCAUUGCUGAAGAAAGAGGCGGUCCUGGUGAACGUCCCCGGAGCACAGGAGGAGAAGAAAGAAGUGGCCAAACACCCAAAGAACCCGGAUGUGGGCUUGAAGCCCGUGUGGUACAGCCCCAGAGUUUUCAUCGAAGGUGCCGAUGCGGAGACGCUGUCGGAGGGCGAGAUGGUGACAUUCAUAAACUGGGGCAACAUCAGCAUCACUAAGAUACACAGAAAUGCAGAAGGAAAAAUUGUGUCUCUUGAUGCAAAGUUGAAUUUGGAGAACAGAGACUACAAGAAGACCACGAAGAUCACUUGGCUGGCGGACACGGCGCGCGCUCCUCCCGUCCCAGCGGUCUGCGUCACGUACGAGCACUUGAUCACAAAGCCGGUGCUGGGGAGGGACGAGGACUUCAAGCAGUUCGUCAACAGGGACAGUAAGCAUGAAGAGCUGAUGCUGGGAGAUCCCUGCCUUAAGGAUUUGAAAAAGGGAGACAUUAUACAGCUCCAGAGAAGAGGCUUCUUCAUAUGCGAUCAACCGUAUGAACCUGUCAGCCCGUAUAGUUGCAGAGAAGCCCCGUGUGUUUUAAUCUACAUCCCUGACGGUCAUACAAAGGAAAUGCCGACGUCUGGGUCAAAGGAAAAGACCAGAGUAGAGUCAGCGAAGACUGAGACGCCGCCGCCUGCUAAGGGGAGGCCAGCGCCACCUGCGACUGGCUCCCGUGCUCCGUCCGAGGAUCCCCUGGUCCUUUACACCAGAGUGGCUGCCCAGGGCGAUGCGGUUCGUGAUUUAAAAGCCCAGAAAGCGGCAAAGGAAGACAUAGACGCGGCCGUGAAGCAGCUGCUGGCUUUGAAGGCCGAGUACAAGGAGAAAACGGGCCAGGAAUACAAGCCCGGAGACGCUCCCGCGGCCACAGCACCGAGCGUCCCUCCCGCGUCCCCAGCAGCUGUCCCCGGGAGUCAGUCACUGUACGAGGAGGUCGCUGCACAAGGGGAGGUGGUUCGGAAACUGAAAGCCGAAAAGGCGCCCAAGGCUAAAGUAAAUGAAGCCGUAGAGUGCUUGCUUUCUCUGAAAGCUCAGUAUAAGGAAAAAACCGGACAGGACUACGUCCCUCAUCAGCCCGCAUUAUCUCAGAGUUCAGAUUCAAGUCCAGCCAGAAGCUCCGAGGCUUGUGGGCCAGAAACGGCCGAAGCCAAAGUGCUUUUUGACAAAGUAGCUUCUCAGGGAGAGGUCGUUCGAAAACUAAAAGCCGAAAAAGCCUCCAAGGAUCAGGUAGGCCCAGCCGUGCAAGAGCUGCUUCAGCUGAAGGCGCAGUACAAGGCGCUGACGGGAGCAGAGUACAAGCCUGUCUCCGCCGCCGGCGCCGAGGACAAAGACAAGAGAAAGAAAGAAAAAGAAAACAAAUCCGAAAAGCAGAAUAAGCCUCAGAAACAAAGUGACGGCCAGAAGAAAGACGCCUCCAAACAGCCGGGGAGCGGGCUGGCGUCCGGCGGCGCCGGAGAAGGGCAGGGGCCCCGCAAGCAGACCAGGUUGGGUCUUGAGGCAAAAAAAGAAGAAAAUCUUGCAGAUUGGUAUUCUCAAGUCAUCACAAAGUCAGAAAUGAUCGAAUACUACGAUGUAAGUGGCUGCUACAUUCUUCGGCCGUGGGCGUAUUCCAUCUGGGAAUUCAUCCGAGACUUUUUUGAUGCCGAGAUCAAGAAACUUGGUGUUGAAAACUGCUAUUUCCCCAUGUUUGUAUCUCAAGGCGCGUUAGAAAAAGAGAAGACUCAUGUUGCUGAUUUUGCCCCUGAAGUUGCCUGGGUUACAAGAUCUGGCAAAACAGAGCUGGCAGAACCCAUUGCCGUUCGCCCUACCAGUGAAACAGUCAUGUAUCCUGCAUAUGCGAAGUGGGUGCAGUCACACAGGGACCUGCCCAUCAGGCUCAAUCAGUGGUGCAAUGUGGUGCGCUGGGAGUUCAAGCACCCGCAGCCUUUCCUGCGGACUCGAGAGUUCCUGUGGCAGGAAGGGCACAGCGCCUUCGCCACCUUCGAAGAAGCAGCGGAGGAGGUCCUGCAGAUCCUUGACCUGUACGCUCAGGUGUACGAAGAGCUCCUGGCGAUCCCCGUUGUGAAAGGAAGGAAGACCGAGAAGGAGAAGUUCGCUGGGGGCGACUACACCACCACGGUGGAGGCGUUCGUGUCCACCAGCGGACGAGCCAUCCAGGGAGCCACAUCACAUCAUUUAGGGCAGAAUUUUUCCAAAAUGUUUGAAAUCAUUUUUGAAGAUCCAAGGACACCAGGAGAGAAGCAGUUUGCCUACCAGAACUCCUGGGGCCUGACCACGCGCACGAUUGGUGUCAUGACCAUGGUCCAUGGGGACAAUGUGGGCUUAGUGUUACCGCCCCGCGUCGCCUGUGUUCAGGUGGUGGUUAUCCCUUGUGGCAUUACGAACGUACUUUCCGAAGAAGACAGAGAUGCUCUGAUCGCCAAAUGCAGUGACUAUCAGAGGCGGCUGCGCAGCGUCAACAUUCGGGUCAAAGUCGAUUCGAGAGAUAAUUAUUCUCCAGGUUGGAAAUUCAAUCACUGGGAGCUCAAGGGAGUUCCGAUUAGACUUGAAGUUGGGCCACGUGAUAUGAAGAGCUGUCAGUUUGUAGCCGUCAGACGAGAUACUGGAGAAAAGCUGACAAUUGCUGAAAACGAGGCCGAGACUAAACUUCAGGCCAUUUUGGAAGACAUCCACGUUAACCUUUUCACGAGGGCUUCUGAAGACCUUAAGACUCAUAUGGUUGUGGCUAAUUCAAUGGAAGACUUUCAGAAGGUGCUAGAGUCUGGAAAGAUUGCUCAGAUUCCGUUCUGUGGGGAAAUCGACUGCGAAGACUGGAUCAAGAAGACCACCGCCAGGGAUCAGGACCUCGAGCCUGGCGCCCCGUCCAUGGGCGCCAAAAGCCUUUGCAUCCCCUUCCAGCCCCUGUGCCAGCUGCCGCCCGGGGCCAGGUGCGUCUGCGGCAAGAACCCCGCCCAGUACUACACCCUGUUCGGCCGCAGCUACUGAAGGAUGAAACCGCACUCCUGUCUCCAGCCCGCCAAACUUCGUCAGACUCGGACUGCUCUCUCCCCAGAUGUAGACAGUUUUAUGAUUUUUCUAAAAUAAACGUUCUAAAGGGGGGGGCCGUGAAACAAACACCUAUCCUUAUGCCUCGGUUAGCAGUGGGGAAAAGCUUUUCUGUAAACCAGCCCAGUAAUAAAUAUCAUGAACUCA